AUGAAGCUGGCAGUCUAUGAAGCCUUCGGAAGAUUUCGGAAGGAAGUCUUGUCGUUGUCCGCUGCCCUUGCGGCGCUGCGUGGUGCAGCUUCCCGAGCCAAGAAGGCUUUUCGCAUGAUGAAGGCUGUGAAGGAUGAGGGCAUGCCGACCUACAAGAACCCGUUCGUCCACGGCAACCUCUUCCUGAUCCUCACGAUCGAGCCGGGGGCCUCAGAUAGCUGGAAGUUGGUUCAGCUCAGCCAUGCAUUAAGUUAUCGUGUUUGCGUAGCAUUGCUGAGCCGCUGCGUUGCAGCCGAGCGGCAUAGUCGAGAUCUGGAGCUGCUUGACUGUAGCCUGCUAGGCCAGGGCAAAGCUGCUGCCGCUGACGACAAGGAUGUCGAGAUUCACACUGUGACCGACAUCGACCCAGUGCAGUCUUUCAACUCCAACAAGGCUUUCUCAUCCUAG